AUGACAUGGGGAUUGGUGUUUUUGGCUUAUCCGGGUAUGCAGAUAGUACACCAAGCAGGAAGAGUACAUGAUAACGCAGAUCCAGUCUCGCGGCUCCAAAGAAGAAUACCUUAUCAAACAGGCCCAUUAGCAGACAUUUCAACGCCACUGAAGCUAAACACCAAGGACAACCCAUUAAAGAAUUUGUAUAAGGAGAUUGGAGAUAAAUUCAAGCAGGAAGUAUUGGAAGUAGUCAGCGCAUACACUAAGGCUUGUGACAAGAAAAAAGGCAGACCAAGGGAAAACAUCUGGGUUGCAACGGUUGCAGGCCAGAUUCCUUGUCAAAUAAUUAAAUCUUAUUCAGUACAAAUAGCCAUAAGUCAGACAGAAGUUGAGAAGUUUCUUCAAGCCUAUCUAAGCGACAAUCAUUUUGCAAAAGUAUUGGAGGAGAUCCAAACAAAACUCAACAAACCAAACCCACUGUAUACACAGUACAAGCUGGGAGAGAACGGAUUGCUGUACUUUGUAGACAAUAAGGAAAGACAUCAACUAUGCGUACCUAAGGGAUUACAGAUAGAAAUUAUCAAAGAAAAUCAUGAUAAUCUGAAUCAAGGAGCACAUGCAGGAUUGGCUAAGACGUAUCAGCAAAUCGCAUCAGUCUACUACUGGCCUAAAAUGGCAGAAGGAGUUCGGCAGUACGUUUUUUCCUGCGACAUUUGCCAAAAGGCUGGACAUUGCCGACAUGGUCCGAGAGGGUACUUGCAACCUAUACCCAUACCGCAACAGCCGUUUGAAGUAGUAUCCAUGGAUUUUGUCAUGGACUUACCACCCAGCGGCGAAUGUAACGCCAUCCUAGUGGUAAUAGACAAACUAACUAAAUAUGCACACUUCCUACCGUGUACUACGCAGAUAAAUGAAAUUGAAACAGCUAGAUUAUUUCAUGACAAUAUAUGGUGUCAGUACGGAUUACCACGACAGAUCAUAACGGAUAGAGAUGCUAGAUGGACCGGCGCUUUCUGGGAACAUCUAGUUAGUUUACUAGGCAUCAAACGCGCUCUUACCACGGCGUAUCACCCGCAAGCAGACGGACAAACGGAAAUUAUGAACCAAACUAUGGAAACUGCCAUUAGAGCAUUCACUAACCCCAUGAAGAACGAUUGGAAGUAUUUACUCCCAGGACUAGCCCACUCUUACAACACUAGUAUGCAUACAACAACCCAGCAGACUCCUGCAUUCUUACUCAGAGGGUUUCAGCCGCUAGCCACAGCCAAUUUGCUUGCACUAACGGCCGACCAUGUUCAAAGGCCGUCUAAGGAAAGCGAGUCAGCAGAAGAAUUCAAGGAGUCUAUGGAUAUGGUACGCGAUCUAGCAAAAGACGCUCUCAAGGUUGCUCAGAGUCUACAGCAAAAAUACUAUAAUAUGAAUAGAACACAUAAUAUCUAUAAACCAGGCAAUCUGGUGCUAAUUAACCCCCAUUCACUAAGGCUGCUAAAAAGAGGCAAGGGUAAAGGCAAUAAACUAAACAUGAGAUACGAGGGACCAUUCAAAGUUCUAGAACAAGUGUCUCCCGUCUCUUACCGAUUGCGACUACCGGGUAGCUACAGAAUUCAUCCCGUAAUCAAUAUUGCCCACCUAGAAAACUACAAGCCAUCACCAGCAAAGUUUGGGAAGCGACCUACUAAACACAUUCCCCGGCAAGACUUUGAACAAAUGCCGGAGUACAAAGUAGAAAAGAUAGUGAGCAAGCGAAUGAUUACUUGA